CCGAUUUUCCCAAAUUAAAAUCAAAAUUCCCACAUUAAAUCGCAAUUUUCCAGAUUAAUUGUGCAAAAACGGAGACCGCCGCCAGUGAAAAAUGUAAAUUAACUAGCGGGUAAUAUAAACUACAUGAAAUUUGUUGCUAAAAUCGACAAAAAGCACGCGAAAACGCAAAUUCAGAAAAAUUUCGGAAAUUCGUGCAUGGAUGGAGUUGGUGUGCAAAUGAAAUUUUUUUUGUAGUAUUUUGUGUUGUUUUUUGUGGAAGACGAAGAAAACGACGAAGACGAGAAUCGUAACCGGGCAAAGAGAUUAUUAUUAAUUAUCACAUCGGUCGCGAAUUGAAUUUCGACCCGCAUAGCCGACGACGGACAGUUUUGCAAAGUGAUUCGGGCUACGUAGGGAAAAAAAUGUGCAAGAAAAAUUUGAGCAAGGUUCCUGAAAGAUGCGAACAUCUAGUUGCGAGGAAAAUAACGCGGAGGUAAAAGGACACCUUCAAAGUGAAUCCCAUGAAAAUCAACAAGUGAGCUCACAAAACAGCACCUCAUCAUCGACAACUAACGCAAACAACCACUUGAGUGACUCUAGCUUCGAUUACGUCACCGAAACCGACCAGAAAACGUGUCGCGGCUGUCUUUGCCGCCAAAAUCACCAAAAGUUCAUCUUGCAAAGCAAGCAGGAGCGCCAAAAACUACCGGAAAACUUCCUUUGCGCGUGUGCCCCGGACGAAAUUUGUUGUUGUUUGGGCGACGCGCCAGACACGAUCUCGCCAAUUCUCAAUAAUCCGCGGUACGAGAGUGCGGAAAAUCGCGAUAUCGCCUUUAAUUUGCUGAAAAACGCGAAACCGGUGCGUCCCGUGACGAUAAAUAAAGACCUGACAUCGAAAAGGGUCUGCGAUUCCGAUUCCGACGUUGAAAUUAUCGAAGAAACUAUCGAAGAACGAGUUUUUUUCAAUCCAAAAGCGGUUGCAUAUAAAAAUUUGCUGCUGCGACAAACGAAAUUUUCGGCAAUCAAGAAAAUUGUGACGCAACCGCGUCCGAAACGAGCUCGAAAGGAGAUAAAUUUGGGUGAAUCUGUUGCGUUGCCGGCCUCAACGAAGGGCAGAAAACGCAAAAGUAGCGAAUCCGACGAAUUUUCCGCGACGAAAAUCAGUCGCACCGAAUUUGUCGAUUGUGGUUCGACGACCGAAAGUCACCGGAAGUACGACGAAGACCCGAAACCGUGUUCCAGCACGACAAACGACACCUUUUUGCAACAAGGCAGCAGCACAAACGACGACAAAACGAUGUCGAUGUACGAUUAUCGCUUCACCGAUCCGCAAUUGCCGUCGUCAACGAGUUAUUAUUCAUCCUCGACAAAUGCGACAAAGACUGGCGCCACAGAAGACCAGCAAAAUUCAUCGAAUGCCACGACACAAAAUCUGCUGGACUCGAACAAAACCAUUGCGACGCUUUGUAACAUUGGGAAUUCGUGCUAUUUGAAUUCCGUGGUGUACACGUUGCGAUUUGCGCCACUUUUUCUGCAUAAAUUGCACCAUUUGAUCGAGGAUAUGGCGACGAUUUAUAUAAAAUUGAAUCCGACGAAGCACAAGUCGUCGUCACUUGGGCGGAAUGUCUCGUUGUGGCAGGGACACAGCGGCAGGAGUUGGAGCAGCAAGGAUUUGGCGUCGCUCGGAAGUAUUACAGGGAAUGAUAGUGUGCCGAAAAAUAAUCGAUUGAUUGUGACGGAAAAACUGCAUGAACUCUAUCAAAACUUGCACAAAAACGAGUCCUCCCUGAACACGGAACCAUUCCACGCGGGCACCUUUCUGCAAGCCAUCCAAGAGGUCUGCUCAAUUUUCGAGGGCAAUCAACAGCAGGACGCCCACGAGUGUCUCAUGUGCAUCCUCGACAGCAUACGGGAGACUUGCGACACUCUCGCCACCGCAAUUAUCGAGCAGCCCGAGCAACUUCUUGCCGAAUACGGCUUGGGAAGUCUCAUCGAGGAGACACGCGCCGCCGACGAAUCGCUCCAACAACAAUCCACGUUGCAACAGCUGCAGCAACAAGUGUCCAGCGGAUCGAGUUCCAGCAAGGGCUUCGGCAAAUUCCUCUCUCGCAAGUCCAAACGGAAGAAAUCCGAUGACGAAACGACGACGACAACAGUGGCAAACACGUCGCCCGUGAAUCCCGAUAAACCGCCCGAGAGUCCGAGCAAAGACAGAAAUGCGGCGGGCGAUGCGGCAGAAAUUUUGAAUAAUCACGAGGAAGAGGGAUCGUCAACGGCAACGUCGCCAACGACGACAAUCGACGCGAAACUAAGUAUGAAGAAUGCCAUAUUGAAGGUGUUGGCGGGCGAGCAGGAUGUCAACGACAAGCAAAAACUGAAGGAAAAUGUCUGCAAGCUGCUCGGGCUGAAUUUCUUCUGUGAGGACUUUGAGGGCGUCACGGUGUCGUCCAUCAAGUGUCUGACGUGCGAACAGGUGAAAACUCUCAAAGAAAAAAUGAUUGACAUCUCUGUGCCUAUUACUGGACAUGAAAAUCCCGAUUCCAUGAGUAAUCCACAAUCUUUCUUUCAAAAUUCGUGCAUAACCAAAGAAUACUUCCGCGGCGAGAACAAAUACCGCUGCGAAAACUGCUUUGGCUACACGGAGGCAAUUCGUUCAAUUACUUAUGAGAUACUGCCGCGCCUGCUGGUGAUCCACCUGAAACGCUUCUCGGGCGGCAUGGAGAAAAUCAACAGCUACAUUCCGACGCCGUUCACGCUGAAAUGCUUCUGCAACAGUUGCUUCAAUCUGCCGGACGAGGAGAAGCUGCACAUCUACAAGCUGUACAGUGUGAUAACGCAUGUCGGCGCCACGAUGUCUGUCGGGCAUUACGUCGCCUACACAUGUGCCCUCGACAUCCACAACGAGUACCGAACUUGCACAAAUGACCGAUCGAAAAUCGCCACGCUCUUCCAGCAGCAGCGAAAUGGCGGCGGCAACGGCAGCGGCGACGCAUCAAACGACACCGCAUCUAGUCAAACGUCGGGCAGCAAUUCGUCACUUGCCGCAAACAACGCCGCUGGGACGACACAAAAUGGCGCCAUCACCGACAAAAUUGCGAAUAAAACGUUCAAACGGUUCUUUUUCAGCAGCAAGAAAGCCAACAGCAGCAACGACCUCAAAUCGAACUCGUUCAAGUCGAACGUGAACGGUCUCGUGAACAAAGUUGUGGCAAACGGCAUGGAAAAACUCAACUUGGGCAUCAAUAAUACGACGGGACGCGUACUUGGCAGCAGUAAUGGCACAAGUGCCGCCAUGUGUCAAGGUCAGAAAUGUUGUGGCAUCAAAGAAAACAAACUCGUGAGCAAUAAUAACGGGACAUCCUUCGUCAGUUACGUCAACGGAACGAAUCACGUGAAUGGCAGCAACGGCAGUAACGGUUCGCACACGGAAAUGGAUACGCUCGCAGCGCCCCCUACAACCAAACCCUCAUCGAGUGACUUGUCAAUCGCGUCAUCCAGCAACUCGUCGACCAAUAAUCACGUGCCGGAUGACGAUUCAACAGUUACGAGUACGACAACGGCAUCGGCGACAAUUUCUCCCGCUGCGGCGACAAAAAUGGCGCAUGUCUCCAAUAUCACGCAAGAUCACUGGUACAUGUGCGACGACGACAAGAUCAAGGUGAUGCAACAACAACAAUUCGAGGAACAUCUGUCGCCCACACGGAAGAACAUGAUAACGCCGUAUCUCCUUUUUUAUGCCAGGUUCGAUGCGCAUCCCCUUUAAAAUUACUUUUUUUUCGUUUGCACACUUAUUAACUGUGAAAAAUUAAUGCAUAUAGUAGUUAAGGAUAUAUUUAUAUGUAAUAAUGUAUGAACCUGAAAGAAAUGUUAAAGUAUUAAGUAUUAUCGUUUUUCAGGAUAAAAUGUAAGAAAUUUAUGUUUUUGAUGAGAAAAAAGAAAAUGGCGGGAAACCGUUCGAUAUUGAAUCAAAAAAAUCGAUGUUUGUUCAAUAAUAAAUUAAAAAAAAAAACUAAAAUAAUCGCCUUAUAAAGGGCCUAUCUUUUUUGCAAAAAAACAAAAAAAAACUACUAAUUCCAAAUUAAACGUCGCAUUUUUGAUUUUUCUCUUAUUUACAAUUAAUUAAAAUUAACCUAAAAAUUUUGUACAUAAAAAAAAUCACAUUUUGUAAAUGU